AAUGUCAAAAAUCAUUGAAUUGCAGUUUUACAGAAAAAAUUAAAAUAACCAAAUAAUAACUAGGUACGAAUGUUCAGGUUUGAUCGUCUACUACACUUUGUCUCUGUGUAAAACACAUUUCAGAUAGUCAAAUAAUAAUCAGAUAGUACACGAAAUCUCUUAGCUAUAGAAACAAUGGAAGAGAUUGGAAUUAUUUUACCCGAGAAAGAUGACCAAAUCACAGACUCAAAAGGCUUGGCGUUUGCUGGUCCUCAAUCUUUUGAUGAACUCGAAUCUGAAGAUUUAUACACAAAGUACAAGAAACUCCAAAGAAUGUUAGAGUUCUUAGAAGUACAAGAAGAGUACAUUAAGGAUGAACAACGAAACUUGAAGAAAGAAUAUUUGCAUGCACAGGAAGAAGUAAAGCGCAUACAGUCUGUUCCUCUUGUCAUUGGACAGUUUCUUGAGGCAGUUGAUCAAAAUACAGGCAUAGUUGGCAGCACCACUGGCUCAAAUUAUUAUGUCCGUAUUCUCUCAACAAUUGAUAGAGAGUUGUUGAAGCCAUCUGCUUCAGUUGCUCUGCAUAAGCAUUCUAAUGCUCUAGUUGACGUCUUGCCUCCUGAAGCUGACAGCUCAAUCUCUAUGUUGCAAGCUGAUGAGAAACCCGAUGUUCAAUAUUCGGAUAUUGGAGGCAUGGAUACACAAAAACAAGAAAUUAGAGAAGCUGUUGAACUCCCUCUCACUCAUGUGGAGUUGUACCGGCAAAUUGGUAUUGAGCCUCCUCGGGGUGUGCUCAUGUACGGACCACCAGGUUGUGGCAAAACUAUGCUGGCUAAAGCUGUAGCACAUCACACUACAGCUGCAUUCAUUCGUGUCGUCGGAUCAGAGUUUGUACAGAAGUACUUAGGAGAAGGACCCCGUAUGGUGCGUGACGUUUUCCGUCUUGCCAAAGAGAAUAGCCCAGCAAUCAUUUUCAUUGAUGAAAUUGAUGCUAUUGCUACUAAAAGAUUUGACGCCCAAACUGGUGCCGACAGAGAAGUUCAAAGGAUUUUACUUGAACUCCUCAACCAAAUGGAUGGUUUUGAUCAAACUACUAAUGUUAAAGUAAUAAUGGCGACAAAUCGUGCUGAUACAUUGGACCCUGCGUUGCUAAGACCUGGCCGUCUCGACAGGAAAAUCGAGUUUCCCCUUCCUGAUAGGCGUCAAAAACGUUUGAUUUUCUCGACAAUCACUACCAAGAUGAACCUUUCGGAUGAAGUGGAUUUGGAAGAGUUCGUGGCUCGACCGGACCGCGUGUCCGGCGCCGACAUCAACGCCAUCUGUCAGGAGGCCGGCAUGCACGCUGUCAGGGAAAACAGAUACAUUGUACUUCCUAAAGAUUUCGAAAAGGGUUACAAGAAUAACAUCAAGAAAGAUGAGAGCGAAUAUGAAUUUUAUAAAUAAACGUCAUUUUUCUGUGGAUUGUGUACUAAUAUGUUUACAACUAGAACAUUAAAUCUCUUUUCUUA